ACACAAGCAGUUUCAGAAGGCGACGAAAGUUACGCAAGGUCUCCUAGCUGGAUGACUUAUUGCUGUGGUUGUUGUACACCCACGAGUGUUCCUCCAUCCAUCAGUAGAUCUACAAGUACCAAGGAUCGUCGCUGCUUGACGUGACCCUCCCUACUCGUACUCCGCAUGCAUUUUCACUGUUUUUGCCCAUCUUUUUUUAGCAGUUUUGUUGUCUCUUUCAGUCAUUGUUCGCACCAGUGAGCCAAGUAAUCUAACAGUAGUGCAGUGGAAUGAUUCUUCGUGCUAGGAAACGCCAGAACUCAGUCGCUGCAAGCACAAGCAUCAGUUUAGUUGAAGGUUGACUAUCCUCAAUAUUUCGAAAUGGCUGGACUAACUGAGGCUCACAAGGAACUCAAAAAUCCUAUUCCAGUGGGAGAUUACUACGCUGUGUCUUUCCUCACCAGAGGCAGCUUUGGGCAGGUUUACCAAGGCCAUCACAAAGACAAUCCCAACCAGCUGAUAGCCAUCAAAAGCAUAAACUUGAACGAAAAAUCACCGGAUCCUGCAACCCGUGCUAAGCUAGAGUCUACUGUUACGUCAGAGAUUGGGAUAAUGCGGCGACUUGAGCAUAAGAACAUUGUCAAUAUGAUUGACGUAAUCUAUGACGAGAAGGACCCUCACAGCAUCUUCACCCUCAUCCUUGAGUAUUGUAACGGCAAGACGCUAGGAGAGUACAGAGUGCAACAGCGCACACUGAAGGAGCAGACAAUCAGCUUCUUCUUUAGCCAGCUCAGUGGUGCCCUGCAGUAUCUGCACCACAAGGAUAUUAUUCACCGCGAUCUAAAGCCGGCCAAUGUCCUACUUCACGUGCCAAGCGGCGCGGCCAUUCACUCAGCCCCACCCACGUCCAUUGUGGUCAAGCUGGCUGACUUUGGCUUCGCUCGUAUUGUGGCGGCGGACGAGCUGGCCAAGACGAACUGCGGCACACCGCUGUACAUGGCACCAGAAAUUCUCCUGGGGGAGCAGUACGAUGGCCGCUGUGAUAUAUGGAGCAUGGGCGUGAUGAUUUAUGAAUGCUUUUGCGGAAGCAUGCCAUUCAUUGCGCACAGUAUUGAGCAGCUGAGACAGAAGUACCGCAAAGGAGCUCACAAUCCACGGAUCCCGAAGGAGAUGUCAGGUGCUCUCUCAGAUCUUGUCACUGCAAGUCUGUGUGCAAGUCAUCAGCGCAUUUCCUUCUCACACUUCUUCUCCCAUCGAUUUCUUCAACUUGAUGCACCAUCCAUUCCACCAGGAUCGUUAUCAAAAUGGGCCGCAUCUCCGCCAAAGGCGUCACCGUCAGUCGCCAUUCCCCGAUCAGCCGCCAGGGAGACGACACGGCCCACUCCCCGUCCAAGGACGCGUGUACCAGCUCGUCAGAACGCUUCCCCGGAGGCCGGUUCCCCGCGAGUCGCCGGUCAAGCCGUGCCAAUACCGGCACAACGGCGCUCUCACCGUGAGAACAGCCACGAGGACAGCCCACCCGUCGGAUCCUACCCAGGCUCUUCUCCGUCCAGUGUUGGCAUGUCCAGAGAGAAUCUUCACAUGCUGCAGCAGUCAGUAGAGAGUACCUACUCUGCUCACCAGAGGGAUUGCGUUGCAAGCCAGAUAUCCGUGGACAGUUACGGCAGCUCGGUCGAUGAGACUCUGUUCCAUCCGUCGUCGUUCGACCCGCCGUCUUUUGCACGUGUAGGCGACUUUAAGGACAGACACCUCGAUGCUGUCAGCCAACGGACAGUGGAUGGCGGUUAUGUGCUGGUAUCGCGUCAGCCAAGCCGAGAUGAAGCGCGCUCGUCCAGUGGAAGCUCGCUUGGUCAGUCACCUCGUCUUCCUCACUACAUGCGCAGUCACGCUGCAGGUCAGACGGGUACACGGCCCGCCACACAGCCCGUCAGCACUCCUGGUGCCACUCCGUCAUCUGUGGGUAGCCACACCGGAGGCUCAUCGCCAUGGAUGCGCCGUCUCCCUGGUGACGGCGGCACGGGCAGCGGCUCCUUGCCCAGGCAGACCAGCGCCAGUGGAAGCCCGUUUGUCCAGCGGCAGUCGUACGAGAGCUCCCAUUCGGGCUCCUUUCACAGCCGCCAGGCCGCGGGGCCGUCGGCUGGCAGCAGCGGAGGCAGUGGCGGUGGUAUGCGUGCCUAUCAAGCCCACCGGAACAGCAGCCGACGCAGUGUUGGCUCCUUCGACGGAGCCUCUCCAGCAUCCAUGCGCCAUGGCGGCGGCGGUGCCAACUCCUUUGACUCCAACCAGGAUGCGGCGAGUUCGGCAAGUCCUAUUGGACAGUAUGUGUCACCAUGGAAGCAUCGCCAGGACAGCCUUCCACAGCAGCAUGCCAGCAGAGCUAUGCCGCAUCUGGACAGUGAUCUACAGCAGAUAAGCACCAAAAUCCUUGAGGAAUGCCUGAGUAGGUGUGAACGAGCGCUAACUCUGGGCAACACGGCCCUGGCCAUGAUCAACUGCAGGGCGAAAGUGUUGGAUUCCAUCUGCCUACAGGAAAACCCAGACGUCAUUUCCGGCUUUCAGAAGCGUGCGGUUGUGGUGUACUGUCUGUGCAAGAAGCUUGCCGUGUACUUGUGCACUCACCUUAACCACUUGAAGAAGGAGUGCCAGUUGGACAGUCAGAUCAUCUGUCCGGCGUUACAGUCUGUUGUGAGAGAUCUGUAUGCACUGCAUGCUACUGCCAUGGAAAAGAGUGACCGGCUACUGAAGAUACUACUGUACAAGGAUGUCAGUACUGAGAAGGUGUCGGCAGAGGAGGAGGUUUACCAGUAUGCCCUGCUCAAGUUAUCAAACGCUACUUCUGAUAUGAGGUUCAUUGGCCGGGGCUGCAAGGGCAGGCUUGAGCAGGAGAUUUCUCAAGUUGUUGACUUGACCCUGUACCUAUUGGACAGCUAUAGUAUCAUGCACUCCCAGGGAAUCGUCAGUAGCGACCUGUACCGCUAUCAGAAUACCAUUGGCGAUCUACGGAAAGUCGCUUUGGCCAAACUAGAGACCCUGGCAACAUGAUAGGAACCAUGCUUGCUAGUGACACCGCGUUCUUUGGACUUUGACCACCACCACGUGCAGUUCAUCUGCAUCUCAAACGUUGUUUUUCGUGUAGUCUUUCAAGCAGACGUAUCCGGCUGGCUUCAUCGUCUCGGCACAUUUAUCAGUGCUCUGUGUGCUUGUUCUGCAUGUCUGUGCUAUCUAGAGGGAGUAUUGUGUGCGUGUAUAUAUGUGUGUGUGUAUAUAUGUGUGUGUGUGUGUGUGUGUACGUGUGUGUGUGUGUGCAUGUGUGUGCGUGCGUGCGUGCGUGUGUGUGUGUGUGUGUGUGUGUGUGUGUGUAUCUCUGUGUGUAUAUCUCUGUGUGUCGGUGUGUGUGUGCACACACCCGUGCGGGUGUGUGUGUGUGUGUGUUAGUAUUGUGUCUGUAUGUUAGAUUGUCUGCUGGGCAGUGAACAAUACAUGCAAGAUUAGGCUGCUUUCGUUUUCUAGGCUAGCACUAGGGAGUAGGGAGUAGGGAGUAGGGACUGUCUUCUUUGUGAAUAGUGCUGUGCUGACUCAUAGCACCGUGCCACGGCUGUGGUUGACCUUUUUAUGAGUUACACUGGCAAGGUAACACCUUGCCCUGAUACCUCCUACAUGUCUUUGCUUGCAACAGAAUUCUAUUACCCAGAGUGGGCACAGUUCUUUUUGCGGCACCUCAGCAGUUUUAUUGGCGCACUAUCACAUUAAAUUUUAUGAUGAGGUUGAUUGCUCCAACGAGAAACACACCCUUCCUGCCGAACUUGACACUUGACUGACUCAGGACUGCCAUCCAGAGCACACGGCAGUGCGCAAGUUCGGCAGGAAGCGUGUGUUCCUCGUUGGAGCAACCAACUUCAUCACUAAUACCGCCGAAGUUGCAAUUUUUACAUUACACUCACAUAAUUAUGUUAUCUUUACCAGUGCCGUGCUGUUCAGCCCGUGUCAAUGCUCUUAUCUUUAUUCGCUCUUCUAUCCCAGAUGAUGUCCAGUCUGUUUGUUGGCCUGCUGCAAGCCUAAGUCAUGCUUGCUUUCCGUGACGUAUCUUUCGUGUUGAUGUUCAUUUUUAAGUAUCUUUUUCUUUCUCAUGCCAGUCACGAUGUGACAGCGUCAUUAUGAGACGUUCUACACUUUCGAUUUCGAAACCUUGCCGCAUAUAUUGUGCUUUUAAUAAUACCAAAGUGCAUUUUGUUCUACCGUGUUUCCACGCUUUUCUCAGCUGCAAUUGUGUAUUCCAGGACUGCUCUCUCUCUCUCUCUCUCUUGUCAGUGCUUCCAACUCUCUUUCUCAGUAUGCCAGUACUCUCUAAUAGAAUGUAGUCCUCUCACCAACCAUCAACUAUGGUCAGUCUUAGAAUGGACUUGGUCCUUUUUUUUCUUUUCUAUAUACCAUGGUGUUGAAGUUCUUUCUAUCUAGAGAGCGAGUGCCUUGGUCGGGGACGUAUUUUCCUUUUCUUCAUCGUACCGACGUACUCACAGCAGAACACUCAUCUUUUUAGGUGUUUGUUUUCUACUCUCUCAAUGCUGAGCUGCUCAGUUACCAUGGGCACUGGAGAUAAAACUUUGCAGUUCAAAAAAUGCGAAAAUCAAA